AUGCAAUCAAGGACGAUUGGGCGACUGCUGGUGGAAGUACUCAACACAAAUAAUAUUUCGUCGAGAACGGUUGAUUCACCGCCGCAAAUUCUUCGAGUAUCGGUUGACAAAGUCAGCGAAACGUUUGAAGUGGACUUAUUGAAGACGACUGAUCUUCAUUUAACAACUCAAUUUCCUAUCGAGAGCACCACAGCCAUGUUCACUUUGUCAAUAUUACAAAAGAAUCUCUACCGGCCAGACACGUUGCUAUUCGACGAAGCUACCGUAUCACUUAACGAGCUACUCAGGGAAUCAGCACUGCAUCGUGGGCCAAUAAUCAAGGCAAUGCACUUAAGAAAAGAUAACAGGGAUAGAACGAAACCGGUUGAGACGGUGGCUGUGAAGUUUGUCGCUCAACUCUUUGAUGCAAAUAUAUGA